CAUCACACCAUCUAAUCUUUGCUUUCUGCUCUGCCUUUUUAGUUGAAGAAAAGAAGAAUGUAUUCUUACAUGGGGAUGGGGAUGGGGUCAGACCCGAUGGAGCGGUUGGUGAAGCUGGCGUCGGAGAGCGCGGUAGUGAUAUUCAGUGUGAGCAGCUGCUGCAUGUGCCACGCUGUGAAGAGGCUGUUCUGCGGAAUGGGAGUGAACCCAGCGGUGUACGAGCUGGACCAGGACCCCAGAGGGAAAGAGUUGGAAAGAGCUCUGAUGAGGCUGCUUGGCAACUCACAAGCUGUUCCUGUUGUUUUCAUCGGAGGGAAGCUGAUAGGUUCCAUGGACCGAGUCAUGGCAUCCCAUAUUAAUGGAACCCUGGUACCACUUCUCAAGGAGGCGGGAGCCCUUUGGCUCUAAUUCUCUUCAAAAUAAUUAAUUAUAUGACUUGGAUGCAUAGUGCGAACAAGAGGCGCCGGAG